UUCUCAGUAUCUUCGGUAUCCAUCUUACCCUUCAUGGUCUAAUCUUGCCGAUCUAUUGCCCGCCAUGGCAGGCGUCCUCCCACGUUACUCCCACUGUCCCCUCCUCAUCCCUAGAGCCCUGCUCUCGUAUUAAUUAAACUCUCCAACUUCUUGUUCCUUUCUGUACUCGCGGAGCAACAAAGCUGGAAAGCCAAAGCAUAUUCACAGGAUAUAGCUGUGCUCCUUGGAGUCUUCGCAAAUUUAACUGUAUGAUCUAUGAACUUUCCGGAGAUAUCUUCUUGGUUUUGACGCAAAGCUGUCAUCUUGAUCGGCUCCUCUUAUCCAUGCUAUCCGCUGAGGCAUUAUGGAGCUGCCGGGUGCCGGAUCGUAUCGAUAACCCUAGGACCUGCGAAAUGUAGGCGAGCGGAGAUAGUAGUCGCUGCAGUCGGCUUGAGUUACCGGAAAAGUGAAAAUAUUUGCUCGUUUUGCUUCUUUUCUGAGCUUGAUUCGAUUCUUCAUGGAGUAAAUUUCAGUUUUUUUGAGGGGGCUAAUUUAGUAGGGGCAUGUGGUACGGUGGUAAAAUUGGGGGCUUACUGUGUUGAUUUGGCAAUCGUACCAGAUGAAGGUCUUCAAUUGCUUUAAGGAGGAUAAAUCGAUGGCGAGUGGCCGGACGCAGAGAAGGUUGUCUCUUGGUGAGUACCGAAGGGCGGUGUCAUGGUCCAAGUACUUGGUGUCCUCCGGCGGAGAGAUCAAAGGGGGCUUGGAAGAACAAUGGAGCGCGGAUAUGUCACAGUUGCUCAUAGGGAAUAAGUUUGCCACAGGGCGACAUAGCCGGAUCUAUCACGGCAGAUACAAGGGAAGGGAGGUGGCCAUUAAGCUGAUGAGCCAGCCUGAGCAAGACCCCGCCAUGGCUGCUGCUCUGGAGCAGCAGUUCACCUCAGAGUCUUCUUUGCUGUUUCACCUCCGUCAUCCUAAUAUAAUCACGUUUGUGGCCGCUUGCAAGAAACCUCCUGUCUUUUGCAUCAUCACUGAGUACAUGGCAGGUGGCUCUCUCAGAAAAUUUCUCCAUGAACAAGAGUCUAAUGUGCUUCCUUAUGAUCUAGUGCUGAAAUUAUCUCUCGAUGUUGCUCGUGGAAUGAGUUACCUUCAUUCCCAGGGAAUCAUUCAUAGGGAUCUAAAGUCAGAAAAUAUACUUGUUGGUGAAGACCUGUCUGUUAAGGUAGCCGACUUCGGAAUUUCAUGCCUGGAGUUUCAGAGUGGUAGUGGAAAAGGCUUCACCAGUACCUAUCGUUGGAUGGCUCCUGAAAUGAUCAAGGGGAAAAAUCAUACAAGGAAAGUUGAUGUGUACAGCUUUGGCAUUGUUCUAUGGGAGUUAGUAACGUUGCAAAUCCCCUUCCAUGAUAUGACUCCCGAGCAAGCUGCUUAUGCUGUAGCUCACAAGAAUGCCAGACCACCUCUACCUGCCUCUUGCCCUCUGGCAUUCAGCCAUGUCAUGAGCAAGUGCUGGGCCACCAACCCAGUGAACCGAUUCCAAUUUGACGAAAUUGUUUCCAUACUCGAAAGCUAUGAAGAAUCUCUCAAACUGGACCCAAGAUUUUUCUCAUCUUACAAGCCUUCGCAGCAGCUGUGGCCGAUUGGAUGCUUUACUCCGCGCUUUGCUUUGUAGAAGUCUAAUCCAAAUAAAUUUUCUCUAAUUCACUGCCGUAUCGUGUGUUUGUGUAUAUAUAUUUCCUAUCUCAUGCUUUCUGAAAUUGAUGGCAUGUUAUUUCUAAGUUUAUUUUGUUUCUCUUUUUCCCACUUCUAUAUGUUAAAGACCAUGUACAGAACCAAGAUGGUGUUAAAUAAUAUUGUUGUCUCCAAACAAUUGAUGAGAAAAGUGAUUAAUCUUU